GCCGGGGCCCCGCUCCGCGCCCCCCGCGCCCCGCACGCCCGUCCCGGCGCAGCCUCGCAGGCGAUGCCAGCGUCUGGCCGGAAGAGGAAGGCCAACUUCUCCAAUGACGAGACCGAGACGCUGGUCUGGAAUGUGGUCCGGCAUUUCAGCGCCCUGUACGGGUCCGAGGCCCUGCGGGCUCACCCCGUGCGGCGGAAGCAGCUCUGGACCCAGAUCCAAAGCCGCGUCAACUUCCUGGGCUACACCGAGCGCUCCAUCGACGACCUCAAGCACAAGUGGCGCGACCUGCGGCUGGACGUCAAGAAGAAAAUCACCUCCAAGAAGCACCUGCCCGUGAACCGCGCCGGGGGGCCGCUGCACAAGCCGCGCCUCACGCCCCUCGAGAAGAUGGUGGCGUCCACCUUCCUGCAGGCCAGCCACGACUCGGAGCCCGAGAUCAUCCUGGACCCAGAUCUGUUCUUCCCCGGCGCCUCCAAGCAGCCCUUCAUGCACCUGCAGCCCGGCGUGAGCCACCCCAGCAUCUACAUCGACACCAACGGGCAGCCCUCGGCCCUGCCCGACGUGGAGGGCUCGGCCGCGCCGCGCCUGCCGGGACAGAGCCCCGACCCCGCCGGCGGCUGCGAGUACCGGGGAGAGGGGCAGGGCGGCCCCGCCGAGUCGGGCCCGGAGCUGCGCACUCCGGAGGCGUCGGCCAUCUCCCCGUCCCUGCGGAACGAGUCCCUGGUCUCCUACGCCUCCAUGUCGGAGGAGGAGGAGCGGGAAGGCCGGGAGGUGGAGAGGGGCCACGGAGGAGCCGCGGGGGCGCAGCCGGGGCCCGAGGCCCCCAUGUCCGCGGAGGAGGACAUGAAGCUGUCCCGCCAGGCCAUGCUGAUCCGCCGGUGCAGCUCGCAGGGCUCCGUCACUUCCCUGCCCGAGGACUCCCUCAACCCCGCGGACGCUCACUCGGACUGGGGGCACGAGGGCGUGUCCGACCUGCCCGCCCUGGGCCGCGGGCUCGACUCGGCGCAUCCCGAGGAGCAGGCGGGCGGCCCGGGCCCGGAGAUGGGCGCCUUGCCCAGGGUACUGAUGGGGCCCACCUGGGAGAAGGCUCCGGCCGAGGAGGAGCCCCCGGCGCGCUCCCCGCUGCACGGCGCCCUGACCGAGGAGUCGCUGCCCUCCUCGGCCUCCCCGCCCGGAGACGGCCCGGCCGCCGCCGGCCCUGCCCGCGGGCUGGGCUGCUCCCGCCUGCGCGAGGACCGCCGCGAGAGCUGGAGGACUAGCAUCCACCACCUGCUCGACCUGGAGGAGCAGUGGGACCAGCUGUACCACCAGGAGCUGGCCAUGUGGCAGGAGGAACGGGCCACCCAGCGCGAGGAGCGGGCCCGCGACCGGGAGCUGCAGUUCCGCCUGCUCGGCGUCCUCACGGACAUCCGCGACGAGCUGCGCUACCUGCGCCAGGAGCGCGCCGCCGCCCGCCAGAGCCCGGCCCCGCCGCCCCCCGAGCCCCGCCGCGACCCCAGCCCGCUCCUCGAGCAGCCCAAAGCCGAGCCCGGCUUCCCCGAGCCGCCGCCGGCCGGGAGCGCCGCCUGGGCGGACACCGCCGUGCCCAGCCGGAGCCCCUUCGGGACGGGCGGGAGCCGCUCCGCCACGGACACCGAGUGCCCGCGGCCGCCCCGGGGGACGGCGUGCGGUGACGCGGGCGGCACCCGGACGGAUCCCCGCGGGAAGGACAGGACGGAUGGACGGACGGAGGGCGCGGGCGGCCGGCGCUGCCCCGGCGGGCUCGGAGCGCUCCGGGCGCGGCCCCGCGGGUCUGAGGCACGGCAGCGCCCCGAGGUGACGCCGCCGUGCCCGCGGGGGACGCGCGUGACAGCGCGGCCUGGCCCGACGGCGCCGCUCCAGUAG